GCUUACAGUUUUCCCCAAAUCCGGUGUUGCGGUGCAGUUUUCUCUGCCCUCCUCAACCCUAAAAAACCGAAAAAUUCUCUCUUCAGUUUCUCUCGGAUCUCCGACGAUUUCUAUCUCCAUUAUUCCUCUAUUUUACAUCUCAAAAAACCCAAAAAAUCCCUAAAUUUUCGCUUACUUUUUCCUCCAUUGGGUUUUCUUAUCAAUAACAACACAUUACAGAGAAAGGGGCAACUGAAAAAAGGAAAAAAAAAGGAGGGUAUCUCUUUAUUUGUUCCAGAAAAGUCUAUAUAUUUUUGUUUGUUCUUAUGGCACAGAUUCAGGUUCAGCAUCAAACUCCAGUGGCCGGAGGAAAUGGUGUGGCGGUUGCUGCUGCUGCCGCCGGUGCUGCCGCUGCUGUAGCGGCGCCCGGUGGAGGAGUGUCGAAUCAGUUCACGUCCACGUCGUUGUAUGUUGGAGACUUGGACUUUAACAUCACUGAUUCACAGCUGUAUGAUCUGUUCAACCAUGUGGGUCAGGUUGUUUCUGUUAGGGUUUGUAGGGAUCUUAGUACUCGGAGAUCUCUUGGAUAUGGCUAUGUUAACUACAGUAACCCAUCCGAUGCUGCAAGGGCAAUGGAGUUGUUGAACUUCACUCCUGUCAAUGGGAAGUCCAUUAGGGUGAUGUAUUCUCAUAGGGAUCCCACUCUUCGUAAGAGUGGAUCAGCAAAUAUAUUUAUUAAGAAUUUGGACAAGUCAAUUGACAACAAAGCUUUACAUGACACCUUUUCAAGCUUUGGCAACAUUCUUUCUUGCAAGAUAGCUACUGAUUCUAAUGGUCAGUCAAAGGGUUAUGGUUUUGUACAAUAUGACAAUGAAGAAUCAGCUCAAGGUGCCAUAGAUAAGUUAAAUGGUAUGUUGAUGAAUGAUAAGCAAGUGUAUGUUGGACACUUUCUUCGCAAACAGGAACGAGAAUCUACAACUGGCAUGAUAAAAUUUAACAAUGUCUAUGUGAAAAAUUUGGCUGAAUCUGCUACUGAUGAUGAGUUGAAGAAUGUUUUUGGUGAGUUCGGAAGUAUUACUAGUGCAGUAGUGAUGAGGGAUGCAGAUGGUAAAUCCAAGGGCUUUGGGUUUGUCAAUUUUGAGGAUGCAGAUGAUGCUGCUAAGGCUGUUGAAGCAUUAAAUGGAAAGAAAUUUGAUGAAAAAGAGUGGUAUGUUGGGAAAGCACAGAAAAAAUCUGAAAGAGAGCAAGAAUUGAAAAACAAGUUCGAGCAAACUGCCAAGGAGGCUGUUGAUAAAUACCAAGGUGUUAAUUUGUAUGUAAAAAAUUUGGAUGACACCAUUGAUGAUGAAAAGCUCAAGGAACUUUUUGCAGAGUUUGGUACAAUUACCUCAUGCAAGGUUAUGCGUGAUCCAAGUGGAAUCAGCAGGGGUUCUGGAUUUGUUGCCUUCUCUACUCCUGAAGAAGCUUCCAGAGCUCUUUCUGAGAUGAACGGCAAAAUGAUAGUUAGCAAACCACUCUAUGUUGCACUAGCACAGCGGAAAGAGGAGAGAAGAGCAAAGUUGCAGUUGGUACAGGCACAAUUUUCACAACUGCGACCAGUGGCAAUGCCCCCAUCACUUGCUCCUCGCAUGCCAAUUUACCCUCCUGGUGCUCCUGGGAUUGGACAGCAACUAUUUUAUGGGCAAGGUCCCCCCGCUCUUAUUCCUCCCCAGGCUGGGUUUGGCUAUCAACAACAGCUUGUUCCUGGAAUGCGCCCUGGAGGAGCUCCUAUGCCAAACUUCUUCAUGCCAAUGGUUCAACAAGGCCAACAGGGCCAGCGCCCAGGUGGUCGACGAGGAGCAGGGCCUGUGCAACAAUCUCAACAGCCUAUGCCCUUGAUGCAGCAGCAGAUGAUGCCAAGAGGAAGAAUGUACCGCUAUCCACCUGGACGUAAUGUGCCAGAUGGGCCAAUGCCAGGCGUUGCUGGUGGUAUGCUCUCUGUUCCAUAUGAUAUGGGUGGUAUGCUUCCUCGUGAUGCUGCUAUGGGACAGCCUGUGCCAAUUUCUACAUUGGCUACUGCCCUUGCAAAUGCACCACCUGAGCAGCAGAGGACGAUGUUGGGUGAAAGUUUGUACCCACUUGUUGAUCAGCUAGAGCACGAGCAUGCUGCGAAGGUUACGGGCAUGCUUCUUGAAAUGGACCAGACCGAGGUUUUGCAUCUGCUUGAAUCACCGGAGGCUUUGAAGGCUAAAGUUUCUGAGGCUAUGGAUGUCCUGAGGAAUGUUCAACAGGCAACCAGCAGCCCGGCUGACCAACUUGCCUCGCUUUCCCUCAAUGACAACCUUGUUUCUUAGUGAAGUCAAGCUUGUCCAAGUGAAUGCUGAAUGCGGCGUUUUUUGAUGGAUGAUCUCCUCUGUAGUGAGGAUAAAACAGAUUUUGCAGGGAUGAGUUUUGAAAAACUGCUAGGGUUUUGCUAUCUCAGGAUGUUUUAUCUUGGAUAUGAAUUUUUUUUUUGGAUUCUUAAGAUUAUGUUUUAUGUUAUGUGGUCCUGAGUUUUUAAUACUUUGCUGUGUUGCUUCA